AUGAAUCACAUAGCAGCAAUGGAAGAACAAUUGGUAUCAGAGAGAAUAAAACAAAAGCUAAACCAAGUAAAUCUUGCCGCCCAAACCCAUCUCUCUCCCGUCCAAGACCAUGUCAAUUUCACCCUUCAGCAAGCCUACUUCAAAUGUGCAUAUGAGUGUUUUGAUAGGAGAAGAAGUCAACAAGAGAUAAGCAAUUGUGUCGAAAAUUGCAGUGUUCCUGUUGUGACUGCUCAACAGAGAGUUGAGGGUGAGAUGGCCAGGUUUCAAGAGAGGUUGAGUAGGGCACUGAUGGUCUGUCAAGACAAGCAUGAUGUAGCUAAGCAACAAAAGGCCACAAAUACACUGAACAAUUUGGAGUCAUGUGUUGAAGAGGCAACCCAAGAGAGCAUAAAGACACUGCCACAUCUUGCCGAAACAUUGAAGGCUUCCUUGUCGAUCAACAGUUCAGUGAGUAAUUAUUAA